GCGGCGGCGUCGCCAUCAUGGCGGGCAGAGGGGCCUGGCGCGUCCCGGAGCGGUGGACGGACUACACCCCGCUGGGCCGCAGGAUGCCGGGCACGCGCUUCGUGGCCUUCAAGGUGCCCCUGACCAAGAGCUUUGAUCAGAACCUUCUGCCAGAAGAGAGAUUUUCCCCUCAAGACCUCAUCAGGAAGCUGCAGGAGAGGAAGGAGGAGCUGGGGUUGGUCAUCGACCUGACCUACACCACGCGCUACUAUGGGCGUGAGGAGCUGCCGUCCUCGCUGCGCUACUGGAAGAUCCUGACCGUGGGCCACCAGAUCCCAAACAGAAAAACCAUCCUGAGGUUCAAGUACCUGGUGAAAAAGUUCCUGGCAGCCAACAGGGACAACGAUAAACUCAUCGGGGUGCACUGCACGCAUGGCUUGAACAGGACCGGCUACCUGGUGUGCAGGUACCUGAUCGAUGUGGAAGGCAUGGAGCCCAGUGCUGCCAUAGAGUUGUUCAACACAGCUCGAGGGCACCCCAUGGAGAGAAGCAACUACAUCCAGGACCUGCAGAGGAGAGCCCAGGGCAGCUGUGAAGUGAAGAGUUUGGGCUCGGAUCUCCUCAGGAAGAAAGGCAGUGCCCCAGCCAAGCCCCAGAAGCAGCUGGUGAAGCACCCCCAGUCCCCCCUGGCAGUGCCCAGGUACCCUGGCAGUGCCAGGCACGGACAGCGGCCCGGCCCCACGGCUCAGGGACAGCCCCAGGGCCUGGGGCAGCUGCAGCACUGGGAGAAGCUGGAGCUGGGCCAGCACAAAAAGCUGGAUCAGCUGGAGCAGAGGAAGCAGAAAAAGCUGGAAUAUCAGGAGCAGAGGAAGCAGAAGAAGCUGGAUCAUGUGGAGCAGAAUCAUCUGGAGAUGGAGCAUGAGGAGAAGAGAAAGCAGAAAAAACUGGAGCAUCUGGAGCAGAGGAAGCAGAAAAAGCUGAAACAUCAGGAACAGAAUCAUCUGGAGCAGAGGAAGCAGAAGUUGUUGGAACAUCAGGAGCAGAAUCAUCUGGAGAUGGAGCAUGAAGAGAAGAGGAAGCAGAAAAAACUGGAGCAUCUUGAGCAGAGGCAGCAGAAAAAACUGAAACAUCUGGAGAUGGAGCAUCUGGAGGAGAGGAAGCAGAAUCAUCUGGAACAGAAUCAUCUGGAGCAGAGGAGGCAGAAAAAGCUGAAACUCCAGCAGAUAGAGCAUCAGGAGCAGAGGAAGCAGAAGAAACAUAAUCAUCUGAAGCAGAAAAAGCUGGAGUAUCAGGAACAGAAUCAUCUGGAAACAGAGCACCUGGAGCAUCAGGAGCAGAAUCAUCUGGAGCAGAGGAAGCAGAAAAAGCUGAAGCUCCAGGAGCAGGAGCAUCUUGAGCAGAGGAAGCAGAAAAAGCUGAAGCUCCAGGAGCAGGAGCAUCUUGAGCAGAGGAAGCAGAAAAAAACAGAGUAUCAGGAGCAGCAUCAUCUGGAGCAGAGGAAGCAGAAGAGGCAGAAUUAUCUGGAACAGAGGCAGCAGAAUUAUCUGGAGCAGAAUCAUCUGGAGAUAGAGCACCAGGAGCAGAGGCAGCAGAAGAAGACAGAUAAGAGAGAGCAGAAGAAGCAGAAUUCUCUGGAGCAGAAUCGUUUGGAGAUACAGCACCAGGAGCAGAGGAAACGGGAAAAGCCGGAUAAGAGACAGCAGAAAAAGCAGGAUCACCUGGAACAGAAUUGUCUGGAACAGAGGCAACAGAAUCACCUGGAGACAGAGCACCAGGAGCAGAGGAAGCAGAAAAAGCCAGAUAAGAGAGAGCAGAAAAAGCAGAAUCAUCUGGAGCAGAAUAAUCUGGAGAUAGAGCAGAGGAAGCAGAAAAGGCCGGACAAGAGAGAGCAGAAGCAGCAGGAUUUUCUGGAGCAGAAUAAUCUGGAGAUAGAGCAGAGGAAGCAGAAAAGGCCGGAUAAGAGAGAGCAGAAGCAGCAGGAUUUUCUGGAGCCGAGUGCCGCGGGGCAGCCCUGCAGCGCGCCCCCCAGGAGCUGCUGUCUGUCCCCACCCCACAAGAAGAAGAAGCAGCAGCAGCAGCAGGAGCUGUGUCCCCCCCGGAGGCAGCAGGACAUGUCACAGGAGCAGCCGGGCUGCAGGACAGAGCUGCUUUAAAUCUGCUUUUUUAAUCUGCUUUUUUUUAAUCUGCUUUUUUAUUCUCCCUGCCCACAGCUCUGCUGCUUCUCCAGGAACUUUUUUAACCCGGUGCUGUGUCUGAUCCGUGAGGGAUGCUAAAGGAACAUCCCUGGAGCCUUCAACAAAGCGGGUUUUUGUUGAUUUCCUCAGGGACCGGCCCCCAAACGCGGAUUUUUAUGCUCCUUUUUACCCAUUUUUGCUGAAGUAAAUUCCCACGCUGUGCAAA